AUGACCAGGGACCCGACACCUUCAUCGGGUCAAGGGAUACCCCGAGACGGCCCUAAAUCGGAGCUGCCCCAGUCUGUACUGGCCCCAGGAGCCCCCCCUGGAAGGCAAGACGGUGACUCUGAGACCUGGCACGUCAGCUUCAGAGCAUUCACCGGCUCGCAGGAGUCGGACCCUGUCAGCGACCUGAGGAGGCUCUGGGAACUCUGCCACCUGUGGCUGCGGCCAGACCUGCACACCAAGGAGCAGAUUCUGGACAAGCUGGUGAUGGAGCAGUUCAUGAUCUCCAUGCCGCUGGAGCUCCAGGCCCUGGUCAGCGAGAGUGGGGUGGAGAGCUGCAGAGACCUGGAGGCCAUGCUGAGAAGCGACCCCAAGAGCCCCAAGAAGUGGACCAUAGUCACCGUACAAGGACAGAGAUUUCUUCUGCGAAAUUCAGAUGUUCAGAUGGCCGAAGCUGAGGACAGUGACGCAGACAACGUGAUGGACUUGUCCCAGAAGCCCCAGCCCUCAGUGAGCAACAUGCACCCAGAGCGCAGCCAGGGGGUCGGCCGAGAGCCACGGACUCUGCCAGGAAUCAAUGAGAUGUCAAGGGGGCAGGGACAGGAAGUUCUCCUGCCAGAGACCAUGCCUGCAAAGGGAGGCCUGGGGGGCCCGAGACCCCAGCAGACCUUGGAGAGGGAGCUGAUGGAAGGCAGGGAAGAGCCCCAGCUUCAGAAGGGCCCCGGGACAGAAGAUCUGGCCCCAGGCGGGAGCCCGGGAGAGUCUCACGAGCACCCCAGAAGCUCCCAGAGGAGACGACCGGACUUCGCCCCCAGUUCCCACGGGACUCAGGAAGGAGCCACACGUUUGGACAGAGUGGGAAUCCGGGGACAACCUGGGUCCGGUUCGGCCCGGUUCCAGUGCGGGGAGUGCAGCAAAGGGUUUCGGUACUGCUCUCAGCUCAGCAUGCACCAGAAGACACACACCGGGGAGAGGCCCUUCGCCUGCAGGCUCUGCCACAAGGGCUUCCUCCAGCCCUCGGACCUCCGCGUGCACCAGCGCACCCACACCGGCGAGAGGCCCUUCGCAUGCGCACUCUGCCCACGGCGGUUCGCCCACGACUCCACGCUGCGCACGCACGGCAGGACCCACACCCACGAGAGGCCCUUCCGCUGUGACACGUGCGCGAGGGCCUUCAGCCACAAGGGGAACCUGCACGUGCACCUCCGCACCCACUCCGGGGAGCGGCCCUACGCGUGCGGCCCCUGCGGCCGCUCCUUCCGGCAGCUGGGCACCUUCAAACGCCACCAAAGGGCGCACUGCAAAACGGCCGGGCAAUGA